CUAUGCAAAGUAAGUUUAUAAAUUUUGGUGGCUCUGUCUGUUUGUUGUGUUCGUUUUGUUUGUUUUUUCUGCUGUGAAUUUCGGUGGUUUUUGUUCUUAUCAUCGAAAACUCCUCCAUAAAUGCUAAAACCCAGUUAGAGUUCUUGAUUCAGUUUCUUCCCCAAAAUGGGGGGCCCAUUGAAACAGAACAAAUCAACUUGGCAAGCCCUGAACUUCCUCUUUCUCUUCUCUCUCUUUUCACUUUGGCGCCACUUGUCCUUAUAUAUAUCUGUCAUCACAACUUCGUUCUCUCUCCCCUGUUUUCUGGUUCUUCAGCUGCUCUGCUCUUUCCGUGUAUUUUACUGUUUUUGCUCAACUUGUAGACAGAGCUUUGACAUAAUCUAUAUAGGUCUUGAUUUUGUGUCCUACGCAAUUCUGGGUCUUUCUUAGAAGUUUAUGGAAACUGAAAAAGAACCAGCUGCUAAGGAAAAUAACGAUGGCAUUCCCACCGCCAGAGUUGAUCCUCCAAUUCAGGGGGUUGGUGAUUCAACUGAAAUCAUAGAAGAAAGUCUCCCUGGUUCGCAAUGGAGACGAAAAAAUCUUGUGUUAGAGAUACCCUCAAGAACUCUUGAGGAAACCAUAAAGGAUUUCAGAAUAAAUAUGCCCCCAACACCAAGUCCAACUUCCAAAAGAGUAAACUUUUCCCCACUCUGCAGCCCUAAUUUUGCAAGAAUUAGUGGGUCCCCAGGUCCCUCAUUGUCCAAACCUAAAUCAAACAAAAACCUCCUUCCGAAACUAAGUUUAAGAAAUUGGAAUACUACUUUAGAGAUUCGGAAGGCUGCUAUUCUUGCAUUGGGAGGUUCACCUGCAGGGACACAUGGGAAGGGUUUGACUUCAAGAACAUUGUCAUUUACAAAGCUUUUAACCCCCAGAAUGAAGAGUGCCUCAUCCUUGCCUGUUACCCCAGUUGCUCACUCCAAUCCAGAGUCCAUGCAUGGGGGAAGCAUGAUUGAUCCGCUAAAUGCAUCUGUGGAAUGCAACUUCAUUCUUACAGAAUUCCCCAUUUUCCAGAACGGAGCAUCCCAUUUACCUAUUCACCGCUCACAAUCUGUCCCUGUGAUUAACAAAGAUGGAAUAAUAGCUUUACGUAGUGUUUUCCGUGUUGUUCCAACCACUCCACGAAUGGUUGAGGGGACUGUCACUGCACCCCAAAAAGAUGACAAUGAUGAAAGUGAUGAUGGUGGUGAAGAUAUUCCUGAAGAAGAAGCUGUGUGUAGAAUUUGUUUGGUUGAACUGGGGGAAGGUGCUGAUACCCUCAAGAUGGAAUGUAGCUGUAAAGGAGCACUUGCUUUGGCGCAUCAAGAAUGUGCCAUAAAAUGGUUCAGCAUUAAAGGCAAUAAAACAUGUGAAGUGUGCAAGCAAGAGGUUCAGAACUUACCUGUUACACUUUUACGGAUUCAAAAUGCUCAGGCCUUUAACUUACGAGGAAGUAGACUAUGGCAAGCUGAGGGUAGUCGAUAUAGGGUUUGGCAGGAUGUUCCCAUUCUUGUCAUUAUCAGCAUGCUUGCUUACUUUUGUUUCCUUGAACAACUUCUGGUUGGAAAAAUGGGUUCAGGUGCAAUUGCUAUAUCUCUUCCGUUUUCCUGCAUAUUGGGUCUUUUGGCAUCCAUGACAUCAACUACCAUGGGUAGGGCUGUCUCAGUAAGGAGAAGAUAUGUCUGGGUUUAUGCAAUUAUUCAAUUUGGAUUGGUGGUCGUCUCUGCUCAUCUUCUUUAUACAAUUCUUCACAUGCAGGCUGUUCUCUCUGUUCUUCUAGCCACAUUUACCGGGUUUGGAGUUACAAUGUGUGCAAGUUCUCUCCUUGUUGAGGUAUUAAGUUGGAGAAGAACAUGGUUUGCUCAGUCAAAUCUACAGCAGAGUUCUCAGGAAUUAACACCGCUGGAUCAACCACCAGAAAUCCCAGUUCAAACCCAGAUGAAUCCUAGCCACAGUGGAGACGAAGUGCGAAGUACAGAAGCUAUUCGUGCUAGCUGACAUUAAUGUAUUUCAGCGUGGAUCAAUGCCAUACAGUGGGUUAACAAGGACUGAUUGUUGUUGUAAAGAACGCAUCAUAUAAUAUCCAAGUGUUUGGUUUAUUAGUAGCUGUAUCAUAUAAUAUAUGUUGGUAUAAGAACAAAUAAUUAUUACUA